AUGGAGCAACAGCUCACUUUGCAUGUGCAUGAUUUAAAAUCCACAAGGUUGAUAGAUGGAAAACAGAUCAACAUUUUAGUUAUUUAAAUUAAAAGCCACUUUCAAGGUCUUUACAGGAAAUUAAAGAAACAUCCAAAAAAUCAAAGGAUGGCUGCUGUAAGGAACCCCUUCUGGACAUUAAAUUGGACCAUAUAAUUGUGGAUGAACUUCACCUCCUUUUAAGAAUAGUUGAUUUGUUAACUGCCAAUUCAACAACAGAAAUUAUUGAUUAG